UAGCGCGGGGGCGCGCCGGGCUGGGGCGCGCGCUCCGGCCGCGCUCGCUCCGCGCUCCCUCGCUCUCUCGCUCGCUCCCUCCUCCCGGAGAAGGCGGCGGCGGCGGCGGCGGCGGCGGCGGCUGGGGAUCAGACAUGGCGGCGGAUCUGAACCUGGAGUGGGUCUGCUCCCUGCCCCGCUCCUGGACCUACGGGAUCACCAGGGGCGGCCGCGUCUUCUUCAUCAACGAGGAGGCCAAGAGCACCACCUGGCUGCACCCCGUCACCGGCGAGGCCGUGGUCACCGGCCACCGGCGCCAGAGCACAGAUUUGCCCACUGGCUGGGAAGAAGCAUAUACUUUUGAAGGUGCAAGAUACUAUAUAAACCACAAUGAAAGGAAAGUGACCUGUAAACACCCAGUCACAGGACAGCCAUCACAGGACAAUUGUAUUUUUGUGGUGAAUGAACAGACUGUCCCAACUAUGACAUCCGAAGAUAAGAAGGAACGCUCUAUAAGUUUGACCAACGAAGCUUCUAACUAUAACAUGACUUCCGAUUACACAGUACACCCAAUGAGCCCUGUCGGCAGAACCUCACGGGCUUCGAAAAAAGUUCAUAAUUUUGGAAAGAGAUCAAAUUCAAUCAAAAGGAACCCUAAUGCACCGGUGGUCAGACGAGGUUGGCUUUAUAAGCAGGACAGCACUGGCAUGAAGCUGUGGAAGAAACGCUGGUUUGUGCUCUCUGACCUCUGUCUCUUCUAUUAUAGAGAUGAGAAAGAAGAGGGUAUCUUGGGAAGCAUAUUGUUGCCUAGCUUUCAGAUAGCUAUGCUUACCUCCGAGGAUCACAUCAAUCGCAAAUAUGCUUUUAAGGCAGCCCAUCCAAACAUGCGGACCUAUUAUUUCUGCACUGAUACAGGAAAGGAGAUGGAAUUAUGGAUGAAAGCCAUGUUAGAUGCUGCCCUGGUACAGACAGAACCUGUGAAAAGAAUUACCUUUAAUUUCCGAGUGGACAAGAUCACAUCUGAAAACGUACCAGCGAAAGAAAUCAAUAACUUUCCCAACCAUCGAAUGCUGAUUAAACCGGAGGUCCAGAAUAACCAGAAAAACAAGGAAAUCAGCAAAAGUGAAGAAAAGAAGGCGUUAGAAGCUGAAAAAUAUGGAUUUCAGAAGGAUGGUCAAGAUAGACCACUAACAAAAAUCAAUAGUGUCAAGUUGAAUUCUCUGCCAUCUGAAUAUGAUGGGUCAACAGGCCCGGCUCAGACCGGACACUACAGGCCAGUCAAUAUGAAUAGUUCAGAGAACAAAACAGUCAAUGUUAGCCUGGCGGAUCUCAGAGGGGGCAGUCACCCAAACUCGGGGCCCUUCCACCCGGAGGCUGACCGCAUCAUACAAAGAACCAACUCAAUGCAGCAGCUGGAGCAGUGGAUUAAAAUCCAGAAGGGGAGGGGUCAGGAAGAAGAAGCCAGGGGAGUAACUUCGUACCAAACGUUACCGAGGAAUAUGCCCAGCCACCGAGCCCAGGUCGUGGCCCGCUUCCCUGAAGGGUAUAGAACGCUCCCGCGCAACAGCAAGACCAGGCCCGAGAGCCUCUGCAGCGUCACCCCGUCCCCGCAGGACAAGACGGUGGGGCCCGGCGCCGAGGAGAAGCGGAGGUCCAUGAGGGACGACACCAUGUGGCAGCUGUACGAGUGGCAGCAGCGCCAGUUCCACAACAAGCAGAGCACCCUCCCCCGGCACGGGACCCUGCCCAGCCCCAAGACCAUGGUGAACAUCUCGGACCAGACCAUGCGCUCGAUCCCCACGUCACCGUCCCACGGGUCAAUAGCCGCUUACCAGGGGUACUCUCCCCAGCGGACCUACAGGUCAGAGGUGACCUCCCCGAUUCAGAGAGGAGACGUGACGAUAGACCGCAGGCACAGGGCCCACCACCCGAAGCAUGUCUAUGUGCCUGACAGGAGGUCAAUGCCAGCUGGCCUGACUCUACAGUCUGUCAGUCCCCAGAGCCUGCAAGGCAAAACACCAGAGGAGCUUACGCUGCUGCUCAUAAAGCUGAGACGGCAGCAAGCGGAACUGAGUAGUAUCCGGGAGCACACGUUAGCACAGCUCAUGCAGCUAAAGCUCGAGGCCCACAGCCCGAAGAAUGAAAUUCUUUCGCAUCAUCUUCAAAGGAACACCAUAUAUUUGGAUCAUCAGAUGAAAGAAAAUGAACCUAUUAUCACCAUGGUUCACACAAUGAUUGAGAACUCGGCGCUAAGACCCCAACUGUACCAGCAAUUCUUAAGACAGAAGAGCAAGAUAAGUCUAUAUUGUCUGUCACAAGAUGAAUGCAGAGGCACCUUAUACAAAUACAGGCCUGACGAAGUAGAUAUUGAUGCCAAGUUAAGCCGUCUCUGUGAACAAGAUAAAGUGGUACAUGCUCUGGAAGAGAAACUCCAGCAACUCCACAAGGAGAAAUACACGCUUGAGCAAGCUUUGCUCUCCGCCAGCCAAGAGAUAGAAAUGAAUGCCGAUAACCCAGCAGCCAUCCAGUCGGUGGUGCUGCAGAGGGAUGAUUUACAAAACGGGCUGCUCAGCACAUGUCGAGAGCUUUCGCGAGCCACUGCCGAACUGGAGCGAGCAUGGAGAGAAUAUGAUAAGUUAGAAUACGAUGUAACUAUUACCAGGAACCAGAUGCAAGAGCAGCUAGAUCGCCUUGGUGAAGUUCAGACCGAAUCAGCAGGAAUUCAGCGUGCACAGAUUCAGAAAGAACUUUGGAGAAUUCAGGAUGUCAUGGAAGGCCUGAGUAAGCACAAACAGCAAAGAGGCACUGCGGAAACAGGUAUAGCAGUAUCAAAGCCUUUCACAACAGUUAAGUACAAAAAUGAGGAAGAGGAAGUAGCCCCACCUCGUCCUCCACUUCCUCGGUCCUAUGACUUUACAGAGCAGCCUCCCAUAAUCCCCCCUCUGCCCAGUGAUAGCAGCUCCUUGCUCUGUUAUAGCAGGGGCCCAGUCCAUCUGCCUGAAGACAAGAAGACUCAAGGUCAAGGAUAUACAAGAAAUGGAUCUCACUGUGGUCCAGAUUAUAGACUCUACAAGAGUGAACCAGAGUUAACAACUGUGGCAGAAGUUGAUGAAUCUAAUGGAGAAGAAAAAUCAGAACCUGUUUCAGAAAUGGAAGCUUCAGUUAAAGGUUCCCACUUUCCUGUUGGAGUGGUGUCUCCAAGAACAAAGUCACCAACACCCGAAUCCUCGACAAUAGCCUCAUAUGUGACCUUAAGGAAAACGAAGAAGAUGGUGGAUUCAAGAACGGAAAGACCAAGGAGUGCAGUGGAGCAGCUGUGUUUGGCGGAAACUACUCGACCUAGGAUGACUGUGGAAGAACAAAUGGAAAGAAUAAGGAGGCAUCAACAAGCAUGCUUAAGGGAAAAGAAGAAAGCAUUAAACGUUAUUGGUGCUUUAGAUCAGUCACCCUUACAGAGUCCUUCAAACUUAAGGGAUAAUCCAUUCAGGGUUAUUACCCAGACUCGAAGGAAGGAUGAUAACAGUAAGGACCCGGACACUGUCAUUAGAGAAAAUGACGUAAAGCCAAACCACGAAACUCCUGCAGAGGAAAUUGUUCGACUAAAAGAAGCUGAACCUCAAAACACAGAUUUCAGCGAAGAGUUUAAAAAAACAGAAAAUGUUUUAUACGAAACACUUCUCAAGCCUGAACCAAAUGGCGUAAAUUCUGAGGAAGUGACGGAUAAAGGAAGAAACAAAGAAAACAUGCCAGAAGAUGUUUCAUGCAGCCCUCAAGAUGAGACACAGAUCACAAAUCAUAAGUCAGAAGGCCAUCCUGAAGAAAAUGCAGAGGACAAUAUUGAGGAGCAGGAAGAAAGUGUUGAAUCUUAUCAACUAACUCCUGAGGCUUCUAAAGAGAACCAAACAACAACAGUGAAAAGCCUGCCCUCGUCUCCGGAGUCCUCCGCGUCCCCGGGCCCGCCCGCCCAGCCGCAGCUCCCGGAGGGGUCGCAUUUCAUGUGUGUGUAGCCUCGGACCAACUACAUUGACUUGUGCGGAAGCUAUUCAGACCCAAGGACCCAGGCCUUCGGCGAUGUGAGAAGAUAUUGUACAGUAUAUUUUAAAUCUAUGAAAUUCAUAGUUCUGAUGCUUUUGGCCACAGAGCAUCGUUUUAUCACUUCUGGAAAAUGUUUAUUCCAAAACAGCUUUAAUGGCCCAUACGUGCACUCCGUAAUCUCAAGGUUAUUCUUCUGACACCAGCUUGCUGCUAUGAUUUCAGAGCACAUAAGUCAAGGUGCUUUUUCCUGUGUGGUCCACCGCCAGCGCUCACUUAGUUGCUGAUUUCCAGGUUUGGGUGUUUCUAAAGUCUCGGUGGAGCUAGAGUUCCUUUUUCUUUUCAGUACAUCAUUUUGGUUCUUUCCGAUGAAGCUCAUUUUGUUUCGUGUUUUCCUUCCAUUUUGGCUACUGCAAGGCUUUGUUUCUCACUUGAUUUGUAAAAA